AUGGCAGUGGAAAUGUGGGAAAAGGGGAAGAUUCGUAGGGCAUUGAAUGGACAGAAAAUGGGGCAUUUAGGGUUGAAGUUCAAUCCCCUCCCUUCAAAGGCAAUUUUCAUUCCAUUUAACAUCUCUGCGCCGCAAAUCAAUGCAAUCGUUUUCCUUAACGCUUGGAAACAAAACAAUGAUAUUGUCAUACGCGGGAAAGGAUCCGCUAGUGGUGGUCGCAUACUCCGUUCUCCGGUUCGGGUCGGUGCAAUGGAGCAGUACGGCCGGUCCAGCGAAGGUUCCCGGUCUGAUCCGUCCCCGGAAUGGGCCGGGCCCGGAGCUCAAACCGGCCUCGAAGAGCCCAUGUGGCAAUUGGGACUGGGUGUUGCGGAGGAAUCGUAUCCGCAACGCCCCGAUGUGGCUGAUUGCACUUACUAUUUGAGGACCGGCUUCUGUGGCUUCGGUUCGCGGUGUCGGUUCAACCACCCUCGUGACCGUGGCACGGUUGUUGGAGCCGAGAGGACUGUGGGGGAGUAUCCGGAACGAGUUGGCCAGCCUGUGUGCCAGUAUUACAUGAGGACAAGAACGUGCAAGUUUGGUUCGUCUUGCAAGUACCACCACCCGAAGCAGGCAGGAGGUGCUGCUACCCCUGUGUCGCUAAACUAUUAUGGAUAUCCAUUGCGACCGGGUGAGAAGGAGUGUUCGUAUUAUGUGAAAACGGGACAAUGCAAGUUUGGUGCAACUUGUAAAUUCCAUCAUCCCGUUCCUGCUGGCUUCCAAAUUCCAGCACCAUCACCAGUUGCCCCCGUUUCGCCUUUGCCUGUACCAGUACCUUCUCCAUUAUAUUCAACCAUGCAGCCCCCACCUGGUCCUUCAUCCCAGCAAAUUGGUGUGCUGGUUGCAAGGCCUCCUCUGCUGCCUGGCUCAUUAGUCCAGAGCCCCUAUGGACCUGUGGUACUGUCACCUGCCAUGGUACCUAUUUCUGGCUGGGGUCCUUAUCAAGCUUCUGCAACAGGUGCUGUACUUCCUUCUGGUACUCCUAAUGUUGGUUCACCACAGCUUUACGGGAUAACACAACUACCUUCAUCAGCAGCUGCCUAUCCUGGACCUUAUCAAGCUUCUGGUUCCUCAGUUGGUCCUUCAAGCAGUAAUCAGAAGGAGCAGGCAUUUCCAGAAAGGUCUAACCAACCAGAUUAUCAGUAUUAUCCGAAAACAGGGGAGGUUAAAUUUGGUCCAUCUUAUAGGUAUAACCCUCCACAAGAAACGACUGCACCAAAAGCAAAUGUGACUCUUAGUCCUGCUGGUCUUCCUUUGCGCCCGGGACUAAAACUGAAAUUUAGCCCUGAUGCAGUGUAUAGGUUCUAUAUAGCUUGCUGUAUUGCCAGUAUAGCAGUGGGGCAGCCCCUUCCCACUACAAGGGCUGCCAUAGGGGCAUCACCUUGUACUCAUUAUGCACAACAUGGAGUAUGUAAGUUUGGUUCUGCAUGUAAAUUCGAUCAUUCUAUGGGAUCACUGAGUUAUAGUCCUUCUGCUUCUUCCUUGGCUGACAUGCCAGUUGCACCCUAUCCUGUUGGUUCAACAAUUGGUACUCUUGCUCCAUCAUCUUCAUCGUCAGAGUUGCGGCUGGAACUUUCCUCAGGAUCCAGCAAGGAGUCUGUUCCAUCCAGAAUGUCUUCAUCAACAGGAAUGUUGACUGGGUCAAUUGGCUUGACUUUGUCGACUGGUGGACCUGUUUCUCAAUCAAGUAGUCAGCCAUCUGCUCAAAGUUUGGAUCCAUUAGCCACUGCCACUAGCACCACAAGUAGCAAUGUCUCUCACACCUCAAGCUAA